AUGAAUCGAAAUGGUUGUACUAAUUUUGAAGAACUUUCCAAUGAAAUAAUCUAUGAAAUUUUUGAUUUUCUUGAUACUUAUCAAGCUUAUGAAAUUUUUAAUAAUUUAAAUAUACGAUUUCGAAAUCUUCUUACUUUAUCAGAUCUUUCAAUUAGUGUCAAUAUUAUAAAUAUAUCAAAAAUAUCAUUUGAACAACAUUAUGAACAAUUUUUUAAAUCUAAUACUCAUCGAAUUCAUUCACUUUAUAUUUCAAAUCCAUUUAUUAUCAAUUUAAUAUUUUCAUCUAUUAAAAAUGAUAUAUUAUUUACUCAACUUAAAAUACUUUGUUUGAAAAAUAUUGAUUCAGAUGAUUGCAACGAUGCUCUCGAUUAUUUGGUGUUAUUAUCACAACUUUCGACGUUAAUUAUUGACUCAUUCAAAAAUGAUUGUAAUAGAAUUAUAAUGUAUGAUAAACUAUUUCGUUUACCAGCUCUAAAAUAUUGUAAAUUAUCACUUGGUGAUGGUAGUGCUAUGACAGAUGGACUAUUACAUAUUGCUUAUAAUAAUUUUAGUCCUAUUGAACAUCUUAUUAUUGAUUAUAAUAUACAUUUUAAUGAACUAUUUCAUAUUUUAUCAUAUGUUCCUCAUCUUCGUCGUUUAUCAAUCAAAUGUCUGACUUUAUUAUAUGAUCGAAUGCCACAUACAUUCUCAAUUACUUUAAAUAAUCUUACACAUGUUUCUAUUAAAUUAAACCAUAUUAACUUCGAUCAAUUUCAACCUUUUAUGAUAAAUCUUUUUAGAAAUCUUCAAGUUUUAUCUAUUUCAACAAGUAUGGAUAAUGAAUAUAUGAAUGCUCAAAGAUGGGAAAAUUUGAUUAUAACUCAUAUGCCUUAUUUACGAAUUUUUGAUAUUCAGCAUAAAACAUCUUUAUUUGGUGCUGUCAUCAAUAGUAAAACAUGUCAAGAUUUAAUGAAUCGAUUUGCUACAUUAUUUUGGACUAAACGAAAAUGGUUUUUUACACAUCAACAUUAUUAUUUAGAACGUUCAAAUCAUGGAUUUUUCUAUUCUAUACAACCAUACAGGUAUGAAACACGAUCUUGA